GUCAUUUUUCACUGACACGAGAACAUAAAUGACGUGGAGGUUCAAAACUUGUGAGUAGUAGAUUCGAAAGAUGACUACUUACGAGGAAUAUAUCCAGCAAAAUGAGGACCGAGAUGGUAUCCGUUUUACGUGGAACGUGUGGCCUUCCAGUAGGAUCGAAGCCACUCGCUUGGUGGUACCAUUAGCCUGUCUGUAUCAGCCUCUCAAAGAAAGAGUAGAUCUUCCUCCCAUUCAAUAUGAUCCUGUAUUGUGCACAAGAAACAACUGCAGGGCUAUUUUAAAUCCACUGUGUCAAGUCGACUAUCGAGCUAAAUUAUGGGUUUGCAACUUCUGCUUCCAAAGAAAUCCAUUUCCUCAACAAUAUGCAGCUAUCUCCGAACAACAUCAACCUGCUGAAUUAAUGCCUAUGUUCUCGACUCUCGAGUACACGAUUAACAGAGUUCAAUGUUUACCUCCCAUAUUCUUGUACGUUGUGGAUACUUGCAUGGAUGAGGAAGAAUUGAGUUCGCUGAAGGACUCCUUGCAAAUGUCGUUGAGUUUGUUACCUCAAAACGCUUUGAUUGGCCUGAUUACAUUUGGAAAAAUGGUUCAAGUUCACGAAUUAGGCACCGAAGGUGUCAGCAAAUCUUACGUGUUCCGAGGCACUAAAGAUCUUACGGCUAAACAAGUUCAGGAAAUGUUGGGUAUCGGUAAAGUCGCAAUGACUCAACAACAACAACCUCAACAACCGGGGCAACCUAUGAGACCUGGACAACCUCAAUCUGCACCUGUCCCGCCUGGUAGCAGAUUCCUGCAACCUAUUUCUAAAUGUGAUAUGAAUCUAACGGAUUUAAUUGGAGAACAACAAAAAGAUCCUUGGCCUGUACAUCAAGGUAAAAGGCCACUAAGAUGCACUGGUGUUGCAUUAUCGAUUGCUAUCGGUUUAUUGGAGUGCACUUAUGCAAAUACAGGGGCUAGGGUUAUGCUUUUUGUUGGUGGCUCUUGUUCACAAGGUCCAGGUCAAGUUUUGAACGACGAUUUGAAACAACCUAUUAGGUCCCAUCAUGAUAUACAAAAGGAUAAUGCAAAAUAUAUGAAAAAAGCCAUUAAGCAUUACGAUACUUUAGCGAUGAGAGCAGCGACUAAUGGUCACUGCAUCGAUAUUUAUUCCUGCGCACUCGAUCAAACCGGUUUAAUGGAAAUGAAGCAAUGUGCUAAUUCUACAGGUGGUCACAUGGUGAUGGGAGACUCGUUUAAUUCAUCGCUAUUUAAACAAACAUUCCAAAGGGUGUUCACUCGAGAUCAGAAGAACGAAUUGAAAAUGGCUUUUAACGGAACAUUAGAAGUGAAAUGUUCCAGAGAAUUAAAAGUACAAGGAGGGAUCGGAUCCUGUGUAUCACUAAACGUUAAAAGUCAACUGGUCUCCGACACGGAAAUCGGAAUGGGCAACACUGUGCAAUGGAAAAUGUGUACACUUACUCCAAGCACUACGAUGGCCUUGUUCUUCGAAGUCGUCAAUCAGCAUUCUGCACCAAUUCCGCAAGGAGGAAGAGGUUGCAUACAAUUCAUUACGCAAUAUCAACACUCGAGUGGUCAAAGAAGAAUUAGAGUGACAACGGUGGCUCGAAACUGGGCCGAUGCCACUACUAAUAUUCACCACAUCAGCGCUGGUUUUGAUCAAGAAGCAGCAGCUGUAAUUAUGGCCAGAAUGGCUGUUUAUAGAGCUGAAUCUGAUGAGAGUCCCGACGUUCUGAGAUGGGUCGAUAGAAUGCUGAUUCGAUUGUGUCAAAAAUUCGGAGAAUACAAUAAAGACGAUGCCGGUUCAUUCAGGUUGGGCCAAAACUUCAGCCUCUAUCCGCAAUUCAUGUAUCACCUAAGGAGAUCUCAGUUCCUGCAAGUUUUCAAUAAUUCUCCUGAUGAAACAUCCUUCUAUCGGCAUAUGUUGAUGAGAGAAGAUCUUACUCAAUCACUGAUCAUGAUUCAACCAAUUUUGUACAGUUACAGUUUCAACGGCCCCCCUGAGCCUGUACUAUUAGAUACGAGUUCCAUACAGCCCGAUAGAAUAUUGCUUAUGGACACGUUUUUCCAAAUUUUGAUAUUCCACGGGGAGACUAUAGCUCAAUGGAGGAAUUUGAAAUAUCAAGACAUGCCCGAAUACGAGAACUUUAGGCAAUUGUUGCAAGCUCCUAUUGAUGAUGCACAAGAGAUAUUACAAACAAGGUUCCCCAUGCCGAGAUAUAUCGACACCGAACAAGGGGGAUCCCAGGCUAGAUUUUUAUUGUCCAAAGUCAAUCCGAGUCAGACUCACAAUAACAUGUACUCAUAUGGAGGGGAUGCCGGCGCUCCGGUUCUAACAGACGAUGUAUCACUUCAAGUAUUUAUGGAUCAUUUGAAAAAAUUGGCAGUUUCGUCCACGGCUUAAGUGGUAAUUGCUGAUCAGACUAAAAUAAUUAUGUUGGUUGUUUGUGAUAAGCUACAUUCACUGUAAACAUUUUAAUUUAUCCAUGAAAGUGAAUUAUUUAGAAAAUCAUCAAGUAACAAAAUAUAUUAUUAAAUGGAAUAAGAAUAAAAAGAAGUAUAAACGGUUGAUGUUUUCAAAACCUUUAUCCUAAAAAUGCAUUAGAUGUACAUAGAACUUACAGCCUUAACCUUGAGGUAACUACCAUUUCCCGAAUAAACUUAUAUAAUAAAUAAUUUAUCUAUCACAAAAUAUAGAGUAUUGCCUAAAAAUGUUUUUAAGCGUUUUAUGUAUCCCAAAUGACACCACAAUUAAUUUAAAAAUCUAAUACUCAUUUUCUGUUCCACAUCAGUCCUUUGCAGCGCCUUGCAAAAUUCUUCGAAAGAAAUCAUCUGAUCACCGUCUUCAUCCGCUUCUGUGAUCGAUCUCUCUGCAAUACUGUUUAAUUGUUCUUCGCUAAUGUUUGUUCCCACCAUCAUGUGCAAUAUGGCCAACAGUUCAUCCUUUGAAAUCAUAUCAUCAUUGUCCAAAUCGUACAUUUUGAAGGCGACUGAAACGUAUCGAGUUCGAAAUAUAACGAAAUGGAGGUAAGACGAAUACACUCACAUCUUAGUUUCUCUUCUCGAGAAUUCAGCUUGUUCUCCUUGUUCUUUUUAAUGGGUAUGAAAUGAGCGAGGACUUGCAUGAAUUGCCUGAAAUUUACUCUGUCGUUGAAAUCGUCGUUUUGGAAGAACGAAUUCACGAUUCUUUCGCCCAGUGGAUUAAUAGCCAGUUCGGGUAUUCGCAGGAAAUCAUCCCUGCUUAGCGUUCCGCAAUCUCCUCUGUCGAGCGAGGUGAACCUCGAAUACAGCCUUUCGAUUUGAUUUGGCGUGACUGAAAGUUUCUUUGUUAGAAUAAAUGUAUUAAAGAAAAAAAUACACUCACAUCCAGUUUCAGUUUGAAUUUGGGCAAUUUCUUCUUCGCGAAGCAAAAGUGAAGACCUGUUACCCAUUUUUUGCGUGUCUUCGCCAAAUCAAAGCAUGCAAUACACUCGAUUUUAACUCGUGAUUUAAAAUAUUGUUGCUCCUUUAAAAUAGAUUAAAUAAAAGUUAUGUAUAGUAAAUACGUGAUCACCUGCACUUUGAC